AUGCUGUAUUUCCAGCAGACCCAUGACUUGUGCUAUUUAACCUGGCUCUACUUCACCGCAGUUACAGCAACUGCUGUCGGCUAUGGUCAUCAGAUCAUGAGGGUAAUCUUCGUACUGAAGAUUGAAGAAAUAGGAGGUUAUGCUGAGAUAUCCCAUUUAAUUAACAUAUGGAAGUACCUGAUCAGGAUAUUAACGUGGUGGUUUGUGGUGACUGGGUUUAUAUAUUAUGUAAGUAAGGAUAUGAACUUUUGUACCAGACUAGUGAGGAUGAUUUUAGCCGUAUUUCCGGACUUUACUCCUUAUAGACCGAUAUUGCGCAACAAGCAUAUUGUGUUUUGUGGCCACCUGAACACACAGAAGAUCCGUAUUUUUAUAAAGACAAGGAUUAACAGGGAUGCUGACCUGGUCUUUCUGGGCGAUUGUACUCCGUGUGUGAACUGCGAAUCACCACUCGAAGGCUUGCAUCCUGUCCAAGGCCUGGUUCAAGAUGGUCGAGAACUUGCUGCGAUCCAUAAAGCACGUGCCUGCAUUUUCCUCUCAAACCAAAAUAGCAAAGACCAGGAAGGGGAAGACUUAGGAAACAUAAAGUUGGCAUUAGAUGUCUCAAGAUCCACAGCUUCCCCAGUACUCCUGGAAUUGCUUCAGUGCAAGAGCAAGGAACUCUUUGAUGAGGUGUUUCAGCCAAGACCAGAAGACGGCGAUGUGAGUGUCUUCUGCUAUGCAGAGUUUAAGCUUAGACUGAUGGGCUAUUCAUGCCUCAUCCCUGGAUUCUCCACAUUACUGGCAAACCUAAUUUUGCCAGAUAGGGUUGAAGAUAUCGCCAGUCAGACCCAUGACUCGGUGAAAUGGGAGAAAGAAUACAACUUUGGCAAAACCUCCCUUAUCUGCAAUACCCAUUUGUCUAAGUGCUUUGGAAACAUGACAUUGCAUGAGGCUGUUGAAUUAUGCCACAAGAAGUUGGGGCUCAUCCUUUUAGGUAUCGAAAUUCAUGAAGACAAUAAUAGGAAGAUCAUCGUGUAUCCUAGCAAUCCAUGUGUGGUCAUACCACAAAAUACUGUGGGAUACUUUUGCACUCGGGGAACUGAGAUUCUUCAAAGAGCUUCGCUCUACUGUGCUUUAUGCCACGGCAGUCAGGAUGAGGAAGGGCUGUUCGAUGUCCCUUGUAAAUGUGAUGAUCGUGGAAAGACCUCACUCUGUGCUUCUGAUGCUGGACCUGCAAGAACUUUACGGACAGAAGUUGAGAAUUGUGUUGGCUCCUCAGAGAAAGAUUUUGAUGAUUUCUUACUGACACAAGACGAGCUGAGUUCUUUUGAUUUGCUCGGCCAUGUAGUCAUCUUCAUCAUAGCCAAUCAAGAGUCACCAGCCAUUGGACUCAAGAACCUAUGCCAGCCUCUGAGGUCCAAUUGUGUCCAUCCCUCUCACCUUCACAGGAUCAUCAUCAUCAGACCACUCGACUACCUGAGGAAAGAAAUUUAUUUUGUUAUUAGUUAUCCGUGGGCCAAAGAAGUCCUACAGGUUGUGAAACUGGCCUCUUGCCAGAUGUGCGUCCUCCUCAGUGCCAAACCAGAGAAACUGGAUUCAAGAUUCGACUUCACAUUCGAAAUGCUGAAGACGAUUUCGAGUCGGUUAGUCCGCACCAGGAACAUGGCGGCUAUGAUGUAUGACCCAGUGGACGGACAAUGCAACUUCUGUCAGAGGCUUCCUGUUCUAGUUAGCCGUAUUACUGAUGAGCCGGAGACACCAGUCAGUGACACCCUUGCAGUGGCGGUAGGACAGACAAUUCCUCCUGCACUCUGUCACUCCUUUGCAUAUUUGAACUAUGGCAGGUCAGAUGUCCUCAGUUUCGCAUGCACACUCAUGCAAGGCGGACUAUCACCCAAAUCCCUUGUGGAACAAGGUUAUGAUGAGGUUCAAGUACGACUACUAGAUCCUGUAGAUCUAAAGGAUGAGGCAAUCAACUGCAGAGGAACAUAUGAAGAAGUCUUCCGCAAUGCCCUGCAUAGCAACAUGCUAGCCUUGGACUCUACAGAGAACUGGCUGGAAGUUCUGAAGUUCCUCCUUUGAGGUACGUGAUAACAAACCCUGAGAAGGACACCGUCAUCCACGCGACUGACCACGUGUUCGUCCUGUGCCGCAAACCGAAGGUACAUCCACCGAGAAGACCGAGUUUGGCCGUCGAAACUCUCGAAAAUGAUCGUGGUGCCGGAAGCGGUCAUAGCAAGCGCAUAGGACAACAUCCAACAAGGCCUGGGCCUCAUUGUUGCUUUAGCUAAAUCACGUUCAGAGGCAGUGGCCAACCACCAUCGGCAAUGCGAGUUACUAAAUAGUCACCACGCACUUGGUCACCACAAGAUCCACCACUUCGGGAAGGAGAAUCUGAAGAACCAUGGAGCACCUGUCUUGCGCCAGUAUCGUACUUGUAAAGAUGUACCUACAGUAUAUUCAACACAAAAUGACAACAAAUAAAACUCUGUGAUGAUCUUCUGUGACUGCAAAAAGGAGACUAACGAUUUCGAGCACAGCAGGGCAGUGUUACAGGGGCGUCGAAACGACCUACGAUUCGCUGGAAUUCCUGGACAAAAGGGGAAACUGGCAGCAGACUGCGAACAUAUUAUCAAGACUCCUUCGCGAGCACCUCAGCGUGACUCCGGAGUUCGAAAGAGUCCGCCGAGUAAGGAAGUCUUCAGAGAAACAACCAAGAGGCACAGAAGCUAAAUUCCUAAGGUUUUGUGAUCGAGAACCCUUGAAGGAAGAUAAUAUCCCGGAGACUGUGUUUGGGAAUUUUAAGCUAGCACGGGCGCGGCGAGGAGAGGCCAGCUGACAUGGCUGCUUCAAACGGAAAAGCAGCUAUGCUAGCCCUGCGCUUAAUGAGGGGGAUACUAGGAUUCUGAUUUCACCUCUACUGUUUUAUUUGUUGAGGAAAACUUGUGUGAAUCUACUGUGAUUGCUUGAAAAAUCGGUGUAAGUAACAUUACUACAA